GCGCGGUGGGCGUUUCCGCAUUCCGCUGCCAGCGAGCACACAAGAGCCGAGCCGAGCGCAGCGCGGAGACAGACGCGACGCAUCCGAGACCCUCCUCGAUAUUCUGCUGGAAAGUUGCCCGUUCUGCCGCCGGGAUGCCGUACAUCCUCAUCAGCACACAGAUCAGACUGACGGGGCCCACAAUGGUCGGUGACGAAUAUUCAGAUCUAUCCAUCAUGAACUACCUCGGAGCCCGGAAAACAACCAUGCUGGGAAACAACUUCUCAGAGUAUCAUGUGGAUGAACCGCCGAGACUGGUCUUGGACAAACUGGAUAAGAUGGGGUUCAGAGUGGUCAGCAUGACGGGAGUCGGUCAGACGCUGGUCUGGUGUCUCCAUAAAGAGACGAGCGACGCGCUGUGACUCAGUGGCUCUUGUAUUGCAGGUAAACAUGGUACAUGAGGUGAAGAAGGGUAUUCUAAUGUCAGCAGCAGGCCUAGUGAAGAGACCUCAGAAACUCUUAUUAAACAAACGAAGUGACGUGUGAGAUGAAUUUACAGACUAUUAAAAUCUCAAAACGUGUAGUAUUUGAAAUCUGUCUCAAUUAGCAAUAUUAUCAUCAAUGUGCUUUCUCUGAUUUAUGAUUUCUGGAUUUAGCUUUUUUUUUUAACACUUUUAUAUGUCAGGAAAGUAGGUUUUGUUUUGUGAUUGUAGUAAUAUAAAUGAGAAACAUUAUUAUUCUGUUAUGUUGCAUCUGUAGCAUUUCUAUAUCUCGACUUGACGUUAUUUUGAAUAAAUGCUUUGCAAUGAAACAUUCGUUUUUAAAAUCCCGUUGUAGCUCAAAAUCAGUCACAUUCUUUGUUAUACAGUUUUGAACAGUCUCAAAUUUGUUUACAGUGUAUGUAAACAUAUAUUUUGUCUGUACUGAAUCCUGACAUAUUAAUAUUGUUUCUGUAUGCUUGUGUGAGAAGCUGUAAUUAACAAUAAAGUAAAAUAAAGUAUGAUCUGUUCAAAAGGGUUUAAAAGUGCUGCAUGUUUGUGAUUCAAAGCUGCAAACAUUCAAGCCUAAUCUGAUCGUAUAGCAUUUUGCUAUACAGUGUUAUAGAAGUGUUAUUUUAGUAU